UAUGGGGAGCAGCAGAACGCCAUAAAUGUCAGAUCGCAUCUCAUAUUGAUUAUUCAGGAUCCAUCUGAGCCCAAUAGGCCUUGGAAUUCGCAUAUAGUAAUAGACAGUGAGGGCACAACAAAAGCGUUGUAUAACAAGCUGCACCUCUUCGAUCUGGAAAUCCCAGGCAAAGUAAGACUAAUGGAAAGUGAAUUCAGCAAGAGUGGAACUAAGAUGGUCUCUCCCGUAGAUACGCCCAUUGGACGACUCGGCUUAUCCAUUUGCUAUGAUCUACGAUUUUCUGAAUUAGCUCUCUGGAAUCGUACGAAAGGUGCAGAGAUUCUUUCCUAUCCGUCUUCCUUUACACUCAACACUGGUUUGGCUCACUGGGAGCCUCUUCUUCGAACUCGUGCAAUCGAGACGCAAUGCUAUGUGGUGGCAGCUGCACAGACUGGGAAGCACAAUGAGAAGCGUAUAUCUUACGGUCACUCGAUGGUAGUUGAUCCCUGGGGAGCUAUAAUAGCUCAGUGCUCAGAGAGAAUUGAUAUGUGCUUUGCCGAAAUCGACCUUUCCUACGUCGCUGAACUUCGGAAGAUGCAACCAGUUUUCGCUCAUCGACGAUCUGAUCUUUACAUGUUGCAUGCAAACGAAGAAGAUAGCGGAACGAGACCUCACUCAUCAUGGUGUUGUACUAGCUCGAACGUAAUUUCCAUAAUAAAGACUUCAGAAAACUCAUCGCUGAUGUUUGCUGAGUUUCCGAUUGCGGCUGAGUCAAUAUUCUACAAAUCAGCUCAUUCUUUCGCAUUCGUCAACUUGAAACCAGUGUUGAAUGGACAUGUGCUAGUCUGCCCCAAGCGUGUAUGCUACCAUCUCACAGAUCUUACCGAUGCUGAGACUGCUGAUUUGUUUAUUGUUGCAAAGAAAGUCCAAAGAAUGAUUGAGAAGCAUGUACAUGUGCACAUACUUGCUCGACGAGAAGGCGAUUUUGGAGGUUCUCCAGAUAACCUAUAUAGCAGUCUAGCUACACAUGAUAGGUAUGUCCAUUGA